AUGGGAACCGGACAGCAAUUCAGUCAGUACUUGGUGAAGUGUAUAGAGGCCAACUUGAAGAAUUCGAGGACCUGUGACUGCGGGUACUUCCAGGCACUUCAUUUCCCGUGCCAGCACGCACUUGCAUGUUGCGCCUACUCACGGGUUACCUGGUCCUCUUAUGUUCACAGCGUGUAUCAGAUUAGUUCAGUGUUCCGUGUGUACCAGAUGGGAUUCACACCGCCGAUACCGGAGGGAUUCUGGCCACCUUACAACGGGCCAACCGUGAUCCCGGACCCUGCCAAGAGGCGGGCAAGAGAGGGUCGUCCGAGAUCCACUAGGAUACGGACGAACAUGGACGAGGCAGAUCCGAAUCGGCCAAAGAGGUGUGGCCUUUGUCGCCAACCCGGACACACCCGCAGGAGUUGCCCACAGCUUGGAGGACCGUCUCACACGGGGGGCCAGUAG